AUGGAUUCCAAGAUCGUCGUCAUUACCGGUGCAAACACCGGAAUCGGGUUGGAGACUGUGAAAGCACUCUGCCAAUCCGAUCAGAAAUACCACAUCCUACUCGGCAGUCGCAAUGAGGAAAAAGGCCAGGUCGCCUGUCAAAGUCUUGCCACCAUAGCAACACAAAGUACCGUGGAGCCAUUCCUGGUGGACGUCGAGAGUGACGAAUCAAUCGAUGCAGCAUUCGCACAAAUCGCAGCAAAGUACGACAGAGUCGACUGCCUGAUCAACAACGCCGGCGCCGCUUUUGAUGCCUACAUUGACCAAAGCAUGACAGCCCGCCAAGCAUGGAACAAAAGCUGGGAUGUAAACGUCGCAGGCGCACACCUGAUGACCGUCAAGUUCCUUCCGCUGCUGCUCAAGUCGCAAGACCCCCGGCUGCUGUUCAUUACCAGCGGCCUGUCCUCUUUGGAGGGGGCUGCCGACCCGAGCAAUCCAAAGAAUGUUUUUGCACCGGCUGGACUACCCAAGGCGUUCCCAUUUAUGAGCUAUAGGUCAGCCAAGGCGGGACUUAACAUGUUGAUGAUAGAAUGGUCCAAAUUGCUGAAGAACGAUGGAGUGAAGGUCUGGUCGAUUGCUCCUGGUUUGCUGGCGACCUCUCUUGGAGGGAACACGGAGUUGUUGAAGAAGCUGGGGGCGGGGGAUCCUAAACUCGGUGGUGAGGCUAUUCGUCGUGUUGUGGAGGGAAAGCGGGAUGAGGAUGCUGGGAAGGUGGUGAGGGAAUAUUUGACGCCGGUUCAGCCUUGGUGA